AUGAGUGGAUGUCAUACGAAAAAGCUGCAACGGAAAUAUGAUUUGACCUCUCAGUCGAGGGCGAUUGACAAAGUGAAAGACAUUCGAGUAUCACCACUGGAGUGGUCCAGGGAGGAAACCUGUGUGCGAAGCAUGAAAGGCCUCGUCGAUUUUGUGGCAGAAAAAUACGGUGAUCAGCCGUGCUUCGGACAGAGGAGCAACUUUGAUGCGGCAGCCGUUUGGAGCACCUACAGACAGACACGAAGAGAUACUUUGGCUUUCGGUAGUGCACUCCGUUCUAUUCUCCCAAGUGGAGCUAUUGUUGGGCUUUAUGGAAGAAAUUCACCCGAGUGGGUGUACUCAGAGCUCGCAUGUGGAUACUUUGGAUGGGUGGCUUUGCCGUUGUACGACACACUGGGCGACGAAGCAAUGGAUCAUAUACUGAACCAGACGGAAGUCUCCUUGGUUGUUUGCGACACGUUCGAACGUGCCCAAUCCUUAAUAAAGCGAGGGAGCAGAUACCUGCGUUAUCUCGUUGUUAUCAAGAUGGAUGAAGAUGAUCGCCAGAAACUGAUGAAGAAAGUCAAAGAUUCGGUCACAAUUUUCACCUUUGCCGAGAUGAUGGUACGAGGUUUGGGAAAAGAAGAGAAUGUCCCCGAGCCAAAUCCCGACGAUUUAUUCCUCGUGUGUUACACAAGCGGAAGUACCGGCCUACCGAAGGGUGUCAUGUGCACCCACCAGACCUUCCUCAAUGCGAUAUCUACCUGCACACGGCUGUAUGAGAUUUCAGAGAUCAGCGUCUAUGGAAACGUUCACGUAUCAUUCUUGCCUUUGGCACACAUUUUUGAACAAGUCGGGAUGGCAACAAGCUUGAUGUGUGGAAGUCAGAUCGCCUUCCUUACCACGGAUUUUACCCGACUACUUGAUGACUAUGCAUACUAUCGUCCAACACUGCUUGCUUCGGUUCCACGUGUCCUUUCCCGAUUACACGCAGCCGUGAUGGAAAAGGUGACAAAGAGCAAACUGAAAUCGCUUAUUUUCGAGAGGGCUAUCAAAUCAAAACUUGAAGAACAGAAAAGGGGAAUCUUCAAACAAUGUGGAAUUCUGGAUUCUCUCUGCUUUCGCCCAAUUCGUAACCGACUUGGUGGUCGAGUGAGGGGCGUUGUCUGUGGUGGCGCCCCAUUACAACCCGAAGUGCUUCGGUUCGUAAGAUCCGUGUUUUCGUGCCCAGUUGCAGAAGCAUACGGUUCCACCGAGAGUGGUGGUAUGGUCACAAUGACGUUACCGACGGACAUGACAGGUGGUCACGCUGGCUGUGUUGUCUCUGAUGUGAAAAUUAAACUGAUCGAUGUCCCCUCGAUGGGUUUCACCGUCAAACGUGAUGGAAUUGGAGAAAUUUGUGUCCUAGCACGAACGAAUACACCUGGUUACUACAAGGAUAGCGAGAAAACCAAGGAACUGUUCGAUGAGGAUGGGUUUGUUCGGAUGGGAGACGUUGGACGUUGGACUGAGUGUGGAACCCUACAAAUUGUGGAUCGGUGUAAAAGUAUAUUCAAAUUGUCUCAAGGCGAAUAUGUCGCUCCGGAGAGGGUGGAGCAAAUCUAUGCGCUCAGUCCACUCGUACUGAACGUGUACGUGGACGGUAGUUCACUCUACUCCUACACAGUCGCAGUAGUUGUUCCCAACUUCGAAAGAAUACAGAAACUACUCCCAGAACUGUUCGAUGAGCUUCUGAAAGGGACUGAGGGUGAUAGCAAAAAGUGUUUUGCGGAAGCGUGUCGGCAGACGAAACUGAAGAAGAUGAUUUUGAACGACCUGAACAAGCUAGGCGAUGGAAAUGGACUGAAAGGCUUUGAAAAAGCUGUGGCGCGCUGUAUACUGCGGAGGCCUUGUCUGAACUUGAUCAACGCUGACUCGCGCUGGCUGGGUUCGAUACAAGCCUGCGACGCGCUGCAUACUGAAGGAGCGUUGUCUGCUUGGUCAGCAUGUAGCGGAGCUGUCCGUGAUCUACAUUUAUCUCCUGAGCCGUUUUCAAUUGAAAAUGGUCUCCUUACACCGACACUGAAGAUUGCACGGCCUCAAGUACGCAAGCAUUUUGCCGCUCAGAUCCAAGCGCUUUAUGUGACUGGCAAUAGUUAGGCUAUGUGCGCCGGUGUUAUCCAGUGCAUUCCAUGGAUAUUAUUCUACCUCGAACAAUUUUUCUGGUCAUUAACGAUUGACAUCGGGGUUGAUUUCAGGCAUGCUAUUGAUUUUCUUGCUAGUUCAGUUUCCAGAUUUUAAUAAAC